GACAUUACAAUAUUUACAAUUCACGAUCACGUCGACGUCGUCGUUCAACGCUUACGAUUUCAAUUUCAAAAAUCUAAAUCAAAAUAAAAUGUUGUUUUGUUUUCAAAAAUACCUAUCAUAAUACAUGUUAGAUUUUGUAGUAAAGUUCAUUUUAAACAAUUUUCAAGGGUAAAAAAGUCGACAACCACAUCAUUUCUGUUUAUGUGUUGCCCAAAUAUUUUGUAAACACGGCUGCAAUUUGUAAAUGUAAAUGAUGGCACAAAGGAAAUCACUUGCACAAAACACAGAUCUUUUCCCUAGGGAAAUAGAUAUUGAGAUAUGUUUGAAAACGUUAAAAAUAUAUCAAAAGUUGGAGGGAGACGUGAAUUGUGUUGUUUGGGACGCAGCAUUAGUACUUGCGAAAUAUCUUGAAACUAUGUGCCAGAACAAACCAGACUUUUUAAGCGGGAUAAGAGUUCUUGAAUUAGGUUCCGGAGUAGGUGUUGUCGGUCUAACUGCUGCUACAUUAGGUGCACAAGUAACAUUAACGGAUUUGCCUGAGGCUCUACCUUUGAUUCGUCUAAACAUCAACGAAAACAAAGCAAAGAUAGGCAGUAUGGGUGGUUAUGCAAUAGCAGAGUCUCUCAUAUGGGGGGAAAGCAGCUCUCUUUUGGAUGAUGAAUUUGAUGUUGUGGUUUUGGCAGACUGUGUUUACUAUGAAGAGGCUGUUGACUCCCUCAUUGAAACUCUAAAAAGUUUAACAAACACAUCAUCUAAGAAACCUGUUAUGUAUUUAACACAAGAGAUGAGAGAUUCUGAUACACAGAGAGAACUAUGGAGUUCAUUUUAUGGAAAGUUAACUGACAAUUUUAAUGUAGAUAAAAUUCCUGAGGAAGAACAACACAUUAAUUACAGGAGUGCUGAUAUAUUAUUGUUAAGGAUAAGUAAGAAAUAAUACAUAAAUAUCAUUCACAAUUCUAUACAGGAAUAUGGAUUGGGUACAAAAUUUACGAUUUUUUAAAUAUAAUUGCUUUCUUUUGCGGCUUAGCCAACAUGAAAAUUCUUGCCAAUGUCUUGCCAUUUAAAAAAAACAUUGUUAUAGGCCCAACAGUUUGGUCAUAAGUAUUUAUCCAAAUAGGGUUUCUUUUGCAUUUAUUAUAUUAGCAAUUAAGAGUAAUUAUAGAAUAUAGGUGUAAGAUGGGUUUAUGUCAUUGUUAAGUAGGUACAAAGUAUCUACAUGUUAUAAAAAUAUAUUAGUAAUUAUUCAUUUUAGAAGGAACUCAAGUCGAGUCUAAAUUAGUAAGUAGGAAACAAAGACAAAUCAAUACAUUCAACAAAGUUCAACUAAAUAAUAAUUGUGCCUAUUUAAUGCCUAAUAAUACCUGAAUAUAAAUUUAGGUUAGCAUACAUGGUUUAUUUUAUUAAUUUCAUUCAUGUUGUAGUGCCUCAAAUUACAUAUUUUAUAGCUGAGCUAUUAAUAAGUAACUUUUACGGGUAUUUACCUAAAUGAGCAUAAUACAUAAUAUUUAAUAUUAUAAUGCAUAGUAGGUGAUCUAUGUAUGGAGUUAGGAGUUUUGCUUAGGUAUAAUAUUAUGAUGUAGAUUAGGAUUCACCUUUGGGAUUAGAUUAUAAAUUGAAAAAUCAAUAUACAAAAGAAUUAAAUGUUUUAUAAAUAUGUUAGUUUUAGAUAUACAGCUUUUCUUUUGUGAGUAUUUUAAUUUAUAAUUAUUUAUAUUUUAAUGAUUUUACUUUUGAUUUUUCUAUAAGUUGGGUGUACCUUUGUGCAGAAUUGUUAUUUUUUUAUUCUCAGCACAAAGUCUUGGAAAUAUAUCAAAUAGCAGAGUGUAAGUUAAUUGUAGGGUGGAGUUUAAAAAUAUUUUUAAUAAAUAAAAUAGACAUCAAA